AGCCAGUAUCUUUAUCUCUUUAACGUACGUUUCAAUCAUCUCUUCUCCAAAUCCAGCCCUAGCUCGGCGAUCUACGCUAACACCUUAUUGUAAUAUAGUACAACCAACCAUAUAAAUAGCCAUUUUUAUGCUUCCCAAAAUCUUCCUUCUUUAUUUCUCAAAAUUUGAUUGAAAAGAAUUCUUAAACCAUUCUUAAGAAAAGGAAAGAUGGGCCUUUCUUACGGCAGCACCGGAGUUAUAAUCGUUGGAGUUAUUCUGAAUGAUCUUAUGAAAGAGGUUUGUUCUUUUCUUGACCUAACUCGUUUGUUUGGUCUUUAUUCGUCGGAAGCUUCGGGAAGCAUAAACAAGAUUCCGAUGGAAGAUAUACUUCCAGCUACGAAAUUUGAGGAUAUGUCACGGGUGAAUCCGCCGGAGAGCUGUGGCAUAUGUCAAGAUGAGUUCGAAGGUGGUGAUCAAGUCCGGUCUUUGAGGAAUUGCGCUCAUGUUUUUCACAAGACAUGUAUUGACCGUUGGAUCCAUGACGACAAGAUGACUUGUCCUUUGUGUAGGACCCUAAUCAUCCCUGAUUUCUAUUUCUUUCGCUUGUAAAAUCUCAAAAGAGAUACAACAAUCGUUUGAAAAACUAUUUUUGGAUACUUUUUGGUGGGGCUGUUCAAUUUGGUAAAACCGAA